CCGGAUUUAUUGUAGGGCGCUCUUCGUCUUUGCCGUUCUUUUCCUUUUUUCACUUUUCAGCACUCCUUUCCCCUAAUUUAUUCUCCCGCUAGCAGAGUCCCAGCUUGUAUCAUUCUUUGCUCUGCAUCUGCAUUGCCUCUGUUCUUUGACUAAUGGGGUCUUGCUGGGAAGGCAUUGAUGAGUCCCGUCUUUUAAUUGCUCCGGUCCCUGGAGCUAAUGGGGAUGGUUCCGCUCGUUUUCUAUCACUUCGUCACCCCAAAUCUGGAGUCAGUACAUCCUAUCUUUUAUGUAAUGGUUUGCUCCAAGAACUUCACUGGUUCAAGCAACCGUAUGGGUCUUGGUUCUUGGGAGAUUAUGUUUCGGAAGAUGGGAGCCUAUAUACUGCUACUCCUAUUGAUCCUGUUUUCAUCAUGUUGCCUCUCUUCGAAGAUGCAAGAAUGAAGAAAGGGGAUGAUCCUGGAAAGUUUAGGCAAUUAGAUGAGAUCCUCUUCGUUAAUGACUAUCCUGGAUAUCAGCAGUUAUUCUCCAUUGCGAGGGACUGUAUGGAAAUUGUUUGUGAAAGCAAAGAAAUUGGAUCAACAAAGUUUUUCAGGCUUGAUGACAAAAUGGUUUUUGCUUGGUUGCAUUACAAGGUAUGCCAGUUGAAACAGACUCUACCGGCAUUGGAUCAAAACUAUGCUGCACGUGAAGAGAAGGAUACAUUGGCUGAUUCAGUAUCAAUAUUAGGGGAGUACUUGAAAGAUGACCCUUGGUUGAAGCUUUUGUGUGACCAUUUUAAGUUGAAUUUACCGGAGGCGAAAAGAAUAGCAGCAGAUAUUGAAGUUUGUCCAUCAGCUAUAGAAAGCCCUGUUGGUUCUUCCAACUUCUCACAGCAGGGUAAGAAUACAAGUGAGAAAAAGACGGGAAGAAAUGUAAAGCAAGCCAAGAAGGCUAAAGUUGAGACAGAGUCAAGGAACAUCAAAGAAAUGUUCACCAGGGCUUCACGGAGGAGGAAUUGAAGUUUUGUGGGAUGGAUAGGAUCGAACAACAUCCAUUAAAUCUUCAGAUUUUAAUAUUUGGUAAAAUUUGAUAAGAGAAAUUAGAGAUCAACAACACACUGUUUGUAAAAUGUAAUCCAAAAGGGUGGGCUUGUGGAUUAAAAGGCAAAAUGGAGGAGGAUAGAAAAUUGUUUGUUUGAUUGUGAGUGGUUUAGGGCAUGUUUUAGUAGUAGAUAUGAAGGUGCCGCUUGUUUAAUGAUAUGUUUCGGCAUUCCCAUAAACGCUACUGACAGUCGUGGCAUAAAUUGUAGAUGAGGUGUCUCCAGGGACCGUCUCAGAACCAAUUAGGAUUGCAUUGACUAAAAGUAUAAAGUGACUGUUUUGAAGAAA